AUGCCUCUCAAACCUUCGAACUCCACCUGCGUCAUUCUCGACCUACUGCGACCUCGAUCAUGCGACUGUCUACGUUCUCAACGCUUAAACCGCAGAAUUUCUCGACACUCCCGUAGUGUUGCUACUGUGGCUCCUCAACUCUCUGAAAUGGAAGUAGAUGCCGAGACUCCUCCGCGUUGGUCUCAAACUCCUCCUGCCAUGAAAGCGCCGGUUCGAGCCCAACCUCCCAAGCAGAUGAAUCCUUUCAAGGUCCAUUCCGAUCAACGGAAGCUCGAUGAUGUAUACAUCAAGUUUUUGGGACGAGGAGGAGAUAAGAUGCUAUCGGAAGAGACCAAAUGGCUUGCUGUUACCAACAAGAGUUUCGAUCACGGUCGUAGAGGGUUCAAUGAUCGGCUAGCAUUUUUUGGAAAACGGAUACUCGAGCUGCAAUGUUCACUGGGUCUUCUCAGUGUCUCGGAUUCUACACCCUAUCUGAAGGACAAGGACCGGGAUCCUCAUGGCCGGCAGCCGUUUCGACAUCCAGCGACCGAAUCGGUAGAAUGUCUUUUGGGUGGUGCACAUGAUUGGUUCGUACACCAUAAACAGCUUGCCAAUCUUGCAGGACAAUAUGGACUACCAGAAGUUGUGCGGUGGCAUCCCAAAGAUCCCGAACGUUUAGAAGCCUCCGGAGCUACUUUGGUUUACGCACAAGCUCUUCUGGCGAUCAUAGGUGCUUUAGCUUUGGAACAAGGAGGCGCAGUUGCAAAUCGAAUAGCCAAAGAGAGGGUAUUGGUUCCCUUAGGCCUGAAACGGGACUGGAAACCAAAAGCAGAGAUUGCAGAACCCUUGCAAUCGUGA